AUGGCAUUCCUGCAGCAGAUGCGUUCCCCCCGCCUCUCCUUCAUCCAGACGGUCGUGUCUCUCUUCCUGGGCGGCGUUGCCCUCAUGUCCUCCUACUGGUGCGUGGGCAAACAGAAGGUGCCAAAGCCGCUGUGUUCGCCCACCAAGCACAGCAACUGCAUCCCAGUUCCCGGUGUCUCCAACUCCUCCAGCAUCCAGUUCUCCUGGGAGACGGGGGACGACCGAUUCGUCUUCCCCACCUUUCACACCGGCCUGUUCGUCACCUGUGAGGAGAACAUCUACACAGACGCAUGGGAGGAGAAGUGUCGAGGGUUUCACACUUUGCCUCCAGGAUCUGAAAAAGCAAUGAUGUGGCUGUCACUGUCGCUGGAGCUCAUGUAUAUCGGCCUGCUGUUAAUCAGCUGCACGUUACUGUCCAUGCAGUUAUGCUUAGGGCCUGGUUCCCGUCUGUGCAACGCUGGGGACAAGCUGCUCAAUGCUUUCGCUGCUGUCUUCACAGUCCUGGGGGGUCUGCUCGGGAUGGUGGGUCACAUGAUGUUCAUGCAGGUGUUUCAGACCACUGCCUCAAUGGGACCAGAGGACUUCAAGCCUCACAGCUACGGCUACUCCUGGGCGUUCUAUGUGGCCUGGUUUGCCUUCACUGUCUGCAUGUCAGCCGGCGUCUCCACUCUCAACAACUACACCAAGAAGGUCCUGAUGGUGGGACCCAGGCGCAACUCAGGCCUUAACCCCUGCAGCUUUAACUUCGUGGGGCUCCUUCCACCGGCUCCUUACUACACCCCUCCAAACCCAGCCCUGGCCUGUCCCCCGUCUCCCCCCCGGAUCUCCCACCUGUCUCCCUACUACGAGCCCCCGCCGUCAGCGGUGCACUCGACCUCCGCCCCAAGGCUCACACACUCCCAGUCCCUCCCUCUCCCCAACUCAGACUCCCUCCCUCCUCCCCCCUCCCACCAGGCGCCCGCGUCCCCGUUCCACCGCCUGUCCCUCCCCUCUCCAUCUCCAGUCGCCCACGCUGUCUGUCCACAUGACCCUGCCGGGACACCAGGAGAACCAGUAUGA